AGAUUCACCUGGUGUUUUUCUCGUAUUACUCAAAGGUAUACCUUACUGGAAUUAUCUUUGAGUUUAUCUACAUCUAAAUUUGCUCAAAAUACCUGAGAUCGUCCCUAUUCUGGAACACUGAGCCUUACACUCUCACCUUCCUUAAUAUCACACUGAACAUAACCCUGGACACCCUUCUCAUUCUUAAAUCCCCGCACAUCUUCCUCGUUUCCUAGCUCAGUUUACGUUUCCCGACCCAUCAGUGGUAGUCACUUUGUACCUAAAGAUGUCGCUCUCCUACCUCCUACCAGCCAACUUUACAUUGUCUGUGGAGCCUACAGUCCUGGCAACGCCCAAGCCGGACUUGAUAGAGUCGAUUCCUGACGGGAUUCUCGCGCUCAUUGCGCCAAUCGUGGCAUACUGGCUCAUGUCCUCCUUCUUCUACGUGGUGGAUUGCACCGAUAUCUGGGCCAAGUACCGCAUCCACGAGUCCGAAGAGGUCAAAUCGCGCAAUAAAGCAACCAUCAGUGACGUUUUGAAGGACGUUAUCAUCCAGCACGUUGUCCAGAGCGUUGUCGGCUACGGAUUCUACCUCCAGGACCCAAAGCCGACCACCGGCCACGAGUUUCACGUAAUGUGGCGCAUGAAAACCGCUAUGCCGGUAGCAGUGCCUGAUGCCGUGAUCUACCUCGCGUACGCGUACGCGCUUCCCGCCGCAAAGCUCCUCGGCGCGAUCGUGAUCAUCGAUACGUGGCAGUACUGGCUCCACCGCACGAUGCACGACUACAAGUUCCUCUACCGCCACUUCCACUCCCGCCACCAUCGCCUCUACGUGCCGUACGCGUUCGGCGCGUUGUACAACAACCCGGUGGAGGGCUUUUUGUUGGACACGUUGGGCACGGGAAUUGCUGCGAUUGCCAUGCGCUUGGCGCCGCGUGAAACAUGUGCGUUGUACACCUUUGCGACGCUUAAAACCGUCAAUGACCACUGCGGCUACGCCUUGCCCUGGGACGUCUUCCGCAUGGUGUUUCCAAACAACUCCGUCUACCACGACAUCCAUCACCAGAUGUGGGGCAUCAAGCACAAUUUCAGUCAGCCGUUCUUCUGUUUCUGGGAUAAGUUCACCAAUACGGACUACAAGCUCGUUAAAGGCGAUUCUGUGUCGGUAGAGGAGUACAAAGACUUCUUAGUCAACAAAAGGUACAAGGCGAAGAAGGAGAACUAAGCAUGUUAAUAUCACCCCAAUUACCGGUGAGCUAGGCUUAAGGUCUAUAAUAAUCCCCUAAUAUAAUAAUAAUAGC